UGACCUCAUUUUCGUUUGACUGGUUCUCUCAUUUGUUUGUUUAAUGAGGCCAACAUUAGGCUAUUUUUGUUUGAACACCACUUCCAGCAAAGAACGACCCAGACAGGCUGGAGGUCAUGAGGUCUGCUAAUCUGGGGAGAGACAAUGAAUUUAGUUUUUAGGCAGAAACUAUUUAGUUGCUUGCACAUCAUAUUUGCGAAAACGCCUGUCUGCUGCUCCACUUACGCGCCUCCGCUGUGCCUGCAAAACAUCAGAGAGCAAAAGAGCAGAACGCGACUGAGAAGCGCUGAGAUUUCAGGUGGAGAUUAAGUAACCACCUUGGGUUCUCACAGAGCUCCUUCCAUUUACUUCAUCCACCCUGCGCGCAAUGGCACGGAGCGUUCCUCCCGCUGGAGCUGGAAGCUGUGACCGGACAAGUUUUAUGUCAGCGCGGAUAAAGCGGCUCCACGAUGGCAUCUGAUGAAUCCUCCGCUUGGAAACGGUAACAGGCUUGCCAAGUAUCUCACCUCCAAUGUCACCGAAAAAAAUCCAUGGCCAUGUUUAGCAGCACAGAGCGGCUCUGGAACGAGUCGGACCGCCUGGGCUGGGAUGAGAAGAAUGAGAGCUCAGAUGCGUUGGGGAGGGACGAGGGGGAGUGCAACUACUAUGCCAUGCUGUACUCCCUGCUCAUCCUGGCCAUUGUGUUUGGGAACGUGUUGGUAUGUCUGGCCGUGCUGAGGGAGCGCUCGCUGCAGACGACCACAAACUAUCUGGUGGUCAGCUUGGCUGUGGCUGACCUGCUGGUGGCCUCAUUGGUCAUGCCCUGGGCUGUAUACCUGGAGGUGGUCGGCGGCGCCUGGCUUUUCAGCAGGCUCUACUGUAACAUCUUCGUCACGCUGGAUGUCAUGAUGUGCACUGCCAGUAUCCUAAACCUGUGCGCUAUCAGCAUUGACAGGUAUACAGCAGUGGUGAUGCCUGUCUUGUACAACACGACCCAUUGCUCGAGGAAGAGAGUCUUCGCCAUGAUUGCCACAGUGUGGGUUCUGGCAUUCGCAGUCUCCUGCCCCCUGCUGUUCGGCUUUAACACCACGGAUGAUCCUUUGGUGUGCUCCAUUUCUAACCCUGACUUUGUGAUUUACUCAUCCGUGGUUUCCUUCUACCUGCCGUUCAUCGUCACUCUGCUGGUCUAUAUCCGGAUCUACGUCUUUCUCAGGAUGAGACGGAAAAGGACCACCUUUGGACAGGCCAGUGGAAAAGUGCAGCCUGGCUCCACUCAGCCUUCAAUGGAGACCUGUCUGCAGGAAGAAACUCCCAAGGCAAAACAGGAUUUGUCGCCUAUAAGGAUUAAAGUGCAGAGUGUGGAAUCGUCUGGUCCAUCCAAGCCCAAUUUGCUCUCUGGCUGCCUUUGGCGCAAACGCCCAAAGACUGGACCAGUGGAAAACUCAGUGCUGCCCCCAGUGGACUCGCAGAACUACUGCAGUAUCAGCCACGCCUCUUGUGGCCGCACCGAGUUGGAUUUGGAGCAGUACCAAGGAGGGCGGGAUGCAGAGAACAAUGACCAGAUGGACCAUCCUUCUGUCAGGAUGGGGUGCGAGGUGAAGGACCUGUCAAACGGACAGACGCACACGUCACUGCGGCCGAUGUCUCAUUCUUAUACCAGCCAACGAUUCAGGAGCAUGCAUGCAAGAGAGAAAAAGGCAACUCAGAUGUUGGCCAUUGUGCUUGGGGUGUUCCUCAUUUGUUGGCUGCCUUUUUUUGUGACUCAUAUUCUGAACACCCACUGCAGGACAUGCUAUGUACCUCCUAAACUUUACAGUGCUUUCACCUGGCUGGGAUACGUAAACAGCGCCCUCAACCCUGUUAUCUACACCACCUUCAACAUCGAGUUCAGACGAGCCUUCAUCAAAAUCCUCAGUUGCUGAUGGGAACAAAAACAUGUUAGGAGAUUCAAAUGGAAAUCAGGCUGCGUGCUUGUGCAAUAACUCAGGCGUUGCGCAUCUGGUAAACUGUGAUCCCAAGAAAAACAUCCAUGGCGGAAGGCAAACAGCAAAUGAAUGAUGCAGGGAGCAAUAAAUGCAUAUAAAGGUUGGGUUUUUUUCCAGCAAGGCUGGGAUUUUUUUUUUAACAGUAAUAUUCCUUGUACAACAAUGUUACAUGCAUACUGUCUUUUGAAGAGCACAAAGUGUUCUUUUUAUUUUUCGGGGAUUUACAUUGUACAAUAUAUGUAAUUUGCAUUGGCACAGCUUCUCUGUUCAUGACUUUUGGGUCGAUAUAAAUCUAAAAGCUCUUAGAAUCCCAAAUGGAGCUUUAAGGUAGAUAAAUGGAUGUGUGGGGCUCUUCAUCUGAAGGCUCUCUGCCUCCGCAUCGUGUGGAUUAACUGAUGUUACUCACCUCUCUCUCUCACCCCCUCCUUCAUCUCCAUGACCUUCAGGUACUCGCCAGUGCAUGCACAAAUCAAAAUUCACAACUACUUAAGUAUUAGAAGUGUACCCAAAGGACUGUGUUGGCCCUUGCCAAGCCUUGCAAAGUCAUAGAUAUUGACGUGCAGCCAUUGUGCUCAGUGUGAAUUCAUAAAAAUAAAAAAGUUGCAUUUUUGUGUAAAAACCUUUCAUGUUUUUUAAGAGGACUGUAUUAAUUGGUGAUCUCUACAGUGAUGUAAAGCAGCCUGCCAGCUGCUUAAGCAGGACUGCAAACCGGGAGCAGAUUUGUCAUGGAAAAAACAACCAAGGCAAUGCAAUGUAAAUAAAAACAAAUCAUGAAAACA